AUGUAAUAAUAAUAAAAACAACCCAUUAACGAGAGACGCCGUCGAAGCGGAGCUUUGCAUGCUCAAACAUGUGAAGAAUAUUUGAAAGUAUGAUCUUUAUUGUAUAAAUCAAGAAAUAUGAACAAAUUGGAUAAAUAGUGAUAAGAGAGAGCUCAAGGAAAAAGAGCUUGUCUGAAUCAGCUUUUCUUAAUUUUGACUUUAUACCAGCAGACGAAGGAGUAGAAGACAUUUGCUAACUUAAAAUAUUGAUAUAUUCGCCAAAAAUAAAGUUGAAUGAAUAAGAAUUCUUACAAAUUUUAAAGCGUGUUAGAAAUCGAUCUAUAACUACUGAUAAUUUACCUUUUGCAAAUAAAACUUUCGAUUUCGAUUUCUUUUAUAGAGAAUAUGAUGUAAAUGAUAAGCAUUUUGGUCUCCAUUUCUGGAUUCAAAAUAACCCUAAGCAUAAGCAUAAUCACUUUUUUACAGGUAUUCAUCAUCAAAAACCUAAUAAUAAUAGAGAAUUACUAUCGGUUCUUUAACGCAGCUAUAUUAUUAUAAAGAGAUCAAAACAUAGAGUCAUUGAUAAGAGAAACUAAUCCUAACUGUAUGAUUAAAAUUUUUCCAUUCGUAAGAGUAUUUUUAUAUAAAAUAGAUGGACGAAUUGCUAUUGGAAUCACUUUAAUCUAUUAUUGCUGAAGUAACAAUUUUAUUUAAUUAACAAGAUCUGUCAUAGCAAUAUCAAAUCUUGACUAGCCAUAUAUUAACCUACUUGUAU